AGAAGAAGAGCUGUGACCAGCAGCAGUCCACAGUGUUAUUAGGUUCAGAAACAGGAGCUUCUCUGCUGAAGAAAGGAUUGACCUCCUGUUGCAAGUCUUCCUCUGCUCUUCUUACACAGUCCUAAUUUACUUUCACAGACACAACAAGUAACACCACCAGAAGGAAUAUGUCACGGUAACUAAUGUGAGAAUAUGGUGUCCACAAGCUCCAGCACUCAGAAAACUACCCACAGUAACACAUCCUGUAGACGAUCCCAAACAAAUACUGGCAAAGAGAGAACUCACCUCUGCUCAGAUUGUGGAAAGAGUUUUGUUGACAGACAUACUCUCCAAAUUCACCAGCGCAUUCACACAGGAGAGAAACCGUAUCACUGCUCAGAGUGUGGGAAGAGCUUUAGAGAGAGUGGUACCCUCAGAUCACACCAGCGCAUUCACACAGGGGAAAAACCGCAUCACUGCUCAGAGUGUGGGAAAAGCUUUACUAGACAGAUUUACCUCCAAACACACCAGCGCAUUCACACAGGAGAGAAACCCUAUCGGUGCUCAGACUGUGGACAGUGUUUUACUAGACAGAUUUAUCUCCAGCUACACCAGCGCAUCCACACAGGAGAGAAACCAUACCACUGUUCGGACUGUGGGAAGAGCUUCACUAGACAGAGUAAUCUCCAACAACACCAGCGCACUCACACAGGACAGAAACCAUACUACUGCUCAGAGUGUGGGAAGAGCUUUAAUCAACAUAUUUCUCUGCUGCAGCACCAGCGCAUUCACACAGGAGAGAAACCGUAUCACUGCUCGGAAUGUGGGAAGAGCUUUACUAGACAGAGUAAUCUCCAAGUACAUCAGCGCAUCCACACAGGAGAGAAACCCUAUCAAUGCCCAGAGUGUGGACAGAGUUUUACUAGACAGAGUCAUCUCCAGACACACCAGCGCAUUCACACAGGAGAGAAACCGUAUCACUGCUCAGAGUGUGGACAGAGUUUUAAUCAACAGAUUUCUCUGCAACAGCACCGGCGCACUCACACAGGAGAGAAACCCUAUCAAUGCUCAGAGUGUGGAAAGAGUUUUACCAGACAGAUUAAUCUCCAAACACACCGGCGCAUCCACACAGCAGAAAGUAGAGAGCUGAAAACCGAAGAGGCCUGGUCGACCUGUUAAUACCUCUGUGAAAAAAGUGUUCUCAAAAAACAUCCAAGCCUUCUUCUAGGCCAGCAGUCUCAAUGUCAUGGAAAGGUGAAGCGUCAUCUUCUGAGGAACAAACAGCACCACGACCAACUCUCCAAUGAAAAGGCAAAAGGGGCCGUGUUUGAAACAUCCAUCUGAACUUACGUAGCGAUGUUUGCCGUGUGGCAUGUCAGCCUACAUCUUAGCGUGACCUCUUCACUUCAUCACAUUGGUCCUCACAAACUGCAGGUUGUGAGUGCUAAGCACCUCCUCAGAAGCCUCCGCCUGUCUGUUUUACACUGCGUAAAAAGUAUGCAGACGAGAUCUUGUGCACAGAUUCCUGAAGAUCUUACACGCACACUUUGGCACGGUUAUAAAAUCUGUUGAUAGGCCUGAUAUUUUUUUUUUUAGAUUUGAGUUUUAUUCCAGUGCUGUAGAGGUGUUUUGUAGAAUUGGGUAUACUACUAUUUUUAAAGGAUACCCAACCUGUGUGCCCAUGCCCCGUGAACACACUCCUCCAGUCUUACCUUGUAUGUCCUCAUACAUGAAAGGUCUGAACUCUAUAUUCCUCCAGACAGCAGUACAGAUCUGGCAUCUUCUGUUUUCCUUGAAGACUCUAAUCUGUUUAUUUCAGUGAAGAAAAGACAAAAAGACUUCUGAAGGCUACAAAGUGCCACAUAGGAAGCACAGUUGGAAAUGAAACAUUCAGCAUCAUCUAGUGAAUACAUCGUGUUGGCCAUCAGUUGGCUAUUUGACUGUUGCUGAGGUAACAGAAGAUUAGCUUUAGUGGAGUUUGGAUGCCGACAAGAUCACAUUGGUCCACAGCAUUCCACGUACUCCGUGUAAUGUUUGCUUUGAAGAUCAUCAUACGUAAACAUAGUUUACCUCAUUGUGCAGUUAUUUAUGUAUUACAGAUGUAAAUGCUCAGCAGUGAGAAAUUCGUCCUUUUUUAUUCAAUGUGAUCACUCAUAUUGAUCAACUUUAUCCACUUUUAAUCAGUACUAAUAACUGUUCGGUGCAACUUUCCAAGUUACUAGACGUUGACUAGUAGUACUGUUCUGAGUACUCCGAGUUCUGGAACUCAGUCUUUCGAUUAAUCACGGUUGUUAGUAGAUGGUUGAUUCCUGUUCAUUUCAUGAAUGCUUGCUUCCUGGUCUGUUUAUACCCUUCAUAUUGCUGCAUUCUGCUGUACAUUUUUUUUCCUGGAUCAUGUAAACAUCAAGUUUGUUAAUAAAUCUCUCAUCAUGCGCAUCCUA